AUGGACCCCACCGAGCCGUACGCUGGGGCCUCAAGUCCCGAUGCCACGAGUCCAACGAGCCCCAAGAGCCCAACCAGGCAGCUGCCCGCUGACCUUCCCACAUCCCUCGAUGACCGGAGAGGCUACAAGGACCCAUUUGCGGCUGAGACUGAAUACUACGAUGGCUGGCAAGGGUCCUCCCAGUUCAUUUCCGCGCCCACGCCCGCGCGGGCCCUCACGUUUGAUCUCAAGCUCGACACCCCCGCAUACGAUGAAGCAGAGACAUUUGCGCGAAUACAAGAUAGCGAUACCCGGCUGAUGGAGAUGGUUGCUGCUCAACAGCGUCAGAGGGAAGAUGGUACAGCGGCCGGGGACGAAGAUGCCAUUGCCCUGGAUGAGACACUUAGCCAUGAGGACAAGGCCGAAACACUCCAGAAGGCGCUUAAUAUGGCGGCAUCGAAUGGCGAUGUGACUCGUGUACGGAAGUUGGUCAAUGGGCGUGCGAAGACCUUCAUUGAUGUUAACUUGACGGACGAGGAGGGAACGGUGCCAUUGAUCUAUGCAAGCUGUUUUGGGCACGAGGGCGUUGUCCAAGCCCUGCUGGACGCUGGCGCCAAUGUCGACAAGCAGGACCGCAAUCAGUGGAGCGCGCUCAUGUGGGCUAUGACCAACCGCCACAAGGUCAUUGCCAAAUUGCUCCUAGACCAUGGCGCCAAUCCCGAUAUCCGAAGCAGUAGUGGAGGGACAGCCUACGAUUUUGUCCAGCCGGGAAGCGACUUCAGUCAGUACCUGGCCGAAAAUGGUUAUCAUUUCGGUGGUGGGGCGGAUGCGCUUGGAGAAGGAGACUUUUACCAGGGCGGAUGGGACCAGGAGAGGUUGGAUGAAGAAUAUGCUGAAGGUGAGAUGAGGCGGAGGGCUUUGAUGCAGGAGAGUGCCGCAAAUCUCGAAGUCGACCUAAGCACUCUCGGAUUUGGGGAGGAACAAGCUCCCGCCGAAGAGUCUGAUGAAGAGGAAGAGUUCAUAUGGGAGAGAUGUGUGGGUGAUCAGAUGUUUGUCUUCCAAACCGACCAGCUGGAAAAGAUCUUCGACCUUAUCAUCACCAACAUGACCCCCCAGCGAUCACCAUCACAAAAGCCUGUGCCGGCAAACCUAAUCUUUCUCAUGUGUCGCUACGCGCACUAUCACAUGACAUCUGCACUCCUCGAUGAAGUGUUGACGAAAGCCAUGGACCGCAUCAACGACGUUAUCGAACGAUAUCAAUGGGACAUGACCAUGCUUGCUUUCUGGAUCUCCAACGAGACCCUUCUUCUUCACUAUCUCAAAAAGGAUGCCGGCCUCUUCACAUCUACAACCCGAUAUCAAGCCGAACUUGCCGAACUUGUUAACGAAACCUUUAUACUAAUCAUUCGAGAUGCGGAGCGUCGCAUGAACAAAGUGCUCAACGACGCCGUGCUCGACCACGAAACAAUACCCGGCCUUGGCGACGUUGAAUACCAAGGCGAGUGGAACGUCUUCAAGUCCAAAGCCAAACAAGUUGACGAGCCCCCUGAGAAGCGGUACCGGCCUCCCUCACCCAAACAGCGUGCCAAACCGUCCCCUCGUAACAUUACCUCUCUUCUCUCGUCCACUCUAUUCGUCCUAGACCUCUACGAUGUGCACUCGGUCAUAACGGCCCAAAUUCUUGCUCAGCUUCUCUACUGGCUGGGUGCCGAGCUCUUUAACCGAGUGAUCGUCCAGCGACGCUAUAUGUCGCGCAUCAAGGCCAUGCAAAUUCGCAUGAAUGUGUCGCAACUUGAGGAUUGGGCACGAGCGAACAAUCGUCAGCCGGAGCAUUAUGAGAAUGGCAGCACCGUGACGACAGGUGAAGACAUCAUUGCUGCAGCGCGACGUCACCUGAGUCCUAUCAUCCAACUGCUGCAGUGGUUGCAGUGCUUUACCGGCCUGGGUGAGGACCAUCAGAGCUUGGUGGAUACGCUUACCCAACUUCAGAGACUUACGCCAUUCCAGCUCCUCCAUACAGUAAAGAAUUAUCGCGCGGAAGUUGGCGAGAAAAGUCUAUCGAAAGCGCACGUCAAAUUCAUCAAGCAAUUAGAGAAAGGACAGGAGAGCCUGAUCCGGCGACCCGUCACGCCUGUUCCGGACAGCGGGAGGGCGACGCCCGUGCCACAGGCCCAACAAUCCAAGGAAAAUGGCAGUGCUGCGGCACAAGCGAGCAGCCCCGACAAAGAUUCCGAUGGCAAACUUAUGCCGCCAGAAACGCCCUCGAUGCAAGCAACCCCGUCAGCACCAGAAACCGCCUCUCCGUCGACGACACUGACAGCGCCUAAUUCCACCGGCUCCAGCAGCACACAACCCGAUUCGCAUCAAACUCAUUCUCAAGACGCAGACCUCUCUCCCAAGGCUAAGCCCGGCCAGCUGACCCUGGACCAAUCCAUGAUGCUGCCUUUCAGCCUGCCGACCAGCACGGACAUGCUCAUCAGCUACGGCGCAGGUAUCGGCGGCGCCAACCGUGAGCGCGCCAAGAAAUACAUCCCGACCGUGCCGGUGGAGGUGCUGGGUGGGUUGGGUUUGGGCGGUCAGGCGGCUACUACUAGCCCGGGCUAG